ACAAAAGAGAUGAAAGGGGACCGAGAUCGCGCGGGCCCCCUGUGACACAUGGAGGACGCAUUUUGCCCGAGGCACGCAGCAGGUAGCAGGGGAGAGGGAGCUCCAGCUGCACUUGCAGCACCUUAUGGAAAAAGUGCACACUGGAGCCUGCCCAGCAGACCCAGCAUGGCCAGCGUGGGAGCCAGUCUCCACCCUGUCCGGAAGCCUCGCCCAGAACCCUAGUCACGCCCAGCUCUUGCACCACGCCUCCCAGGGCUGAGACCCCGCCUCCUUAGCAACGGACAGGACUCGGUCACCUUAGCAACCAACGCAGCUGCCAUCAUGGCUGAAGAGGAAGACGUUGCCGCUCGGACAGAGAAAGUUUUACGGAUCCAGAGGGUGUUUAUAAACCUGCUGGACACGUACAGCAGCAGAAACAUAGGGAAGUUCCUGGCCAGCUCUGUAGUUGGGGCUUCCCUUGAAGAAGUUACAGAGGAAGAGGAAGAUGAAGAUGAAAAUAAGCCCACUGCCCCAGAAGCCCCGUCAGCCAAGCAGAAGGAAAGCACGUUCCAGAUCGUGGGCACUCUAUCCAAGCCCGAAAGCAUCCAGCCAGACUUCGCCACAGAAACGUACAAGAACAUCUCUCGAGGAGACCUUCUCCUGCGCCUGCUCGAGUGCAACACGAUUAUUUAUAACAUCACCGAGAGUCCGAAGCAAGCAGAGGAAGCCAUGUGGGCUGUCUCUGCGCUGAAUGAAGAAGUCAGCCACUUUGGAAAGCGCAAGGUGUUUAUUUUAGUCUCCACUGUGAUGACUUGGGCGCGAUCCAAGCCUCUGGACCCUGACGACUCCGAGGUCCCCUUCACAGAAGAGGACUAUCGGAGAAGAAAGAAUCAUCCCAAUUUCCUGGACCACAUAACUGCUGAGAAAACAGUCCUCAAAUUUGGAAAAAACACCAAAAUGUUUGCAACCUAUGUAGUCGCUGCAGGACUGCAGUACGGCAUGGAAGGAGGCAUCUUACACACAUUUUUUAAGCUUGCUUGGCUGGGAGACAUCCCUGAGUUACCUGUUUUUGGAGAUGGAACAAAUGUGAUUCCGACAAUUCAUGUGCUUGACCUGGCAGGAGUGAUACAAAACAUAAUCGACCAGGUGCCGAAGCCCCACUAUCUGGUCGCCGUGGACGAGUCUGCGCACACCCUGGAGGACCUGGUCAAGUGCAUCAGCAGAAGUACCGGCCCUGGCAAGAUCCAGAAAGUACCUAAAGAAAAUGCUUUCCUAAUCAAAGACCUCACCCAAGAGAGCAUCGACCACUUACUGGUCGACCUGAGGAUGGAAGCGCUCUUUGUGAAGGAGAAUUUCAACAUCCGCUGGGCGGCGCAGAGCGGGUUCGUGGAAAAUGUCAACAAUGUCCUCAAAGAGUACAAGCAGAGCAGAGGGCUGCUGCCCAUCAAGAUUUGCAUUCUGGGCCCUCCCGCGGUGGGGAAAUCCAGCAUAGCGGAAGAGCUGUCCAAGUACUACAGACUCCACCACAUUAAAAUGAAGGAUGUGAUCACCGAAGCCAUAGCGAAGCUGGAGGCGAUUGUCACUCCCAAGGACAGAGGGGAGGAGGAUGAAGGUGAUGAGGAGGAGGAAGAGGAGGAGAACAUGGAGGACGCUCAGGAGCUGCUGGACGGCAUCAAGAAGAGCAUGGAGCAGAACGCAGGUGAGCUGGACAAUCAAUAUAUAAUUCGAUUUGUGAAAGAAAAACUAAAAUCCAUGCCUUGUAGGAAUCAGGGUUACAUCCUGGAUGGAUUCCCAAAGACCUAUGAUCAAGCAAAAGACCUGUUCAAUCAGGAAGAUGAAGAAAAGGAAGAUGAAAUCAGAGGCAAACUAUUUCCUGUUGAUAAAUUAAUUUUACCUGAGUUCGUCUGUGGCCUGGACGCCUCAGAUGAGUUUCUAAAGCAGCGGGUGAUCAACCUCCCAGAGAGCGUCGUGGCUGGGACUCACUACACCCAGGACCGCUUCCUCAGGGCGCUGAGCAACUACCGGGACAUCAACACCGAAGACGAGACUGUCUACAACUACUUUGACGAGAUUGAAAUCCACCCCGUACACAUUGAUGUAGAGAAACUUGAAGAUGCUCAGAACAGACUUGCUAUCAAACAGCUGAUCCGAGAGAUUGGGGAGCCUCGGAAUUAUGGUCUAACUGAGGAGGAGAAGGUGGAGCUGGAGCAGAAGGCAGCGGAGAUGCGUCUGGCGGAGGAGGCGGCCCAGGAGGCCGCACAAGCACAGAAGGAGGCAGCAGAGACCGCGGAGCGUUUGGCCCGCUGGGAGGAGUGGAAUAAACGACUAGAGGAAGUGAAGAGAGAAGAAAAGGAACUACUGGAGGCGCAGUCUAGGCCCCUGAGAAACUACUUAAUUACCCAUGUUAUGCCGACUCUUGUGCAAGGGCUGAACGAGUGCUGUAAGGUUAGGCCAGAUGAUCCUGUUGAUUUUCUGGCAGAAUAUCUUUUCAAGAACAAUCCCGAAACGCAGUAGAACUUGGAAGAUCUGGUGUCAUCCACCUUUAUAGAACAGAUCAACUUAACACUGUUAUUGGAAAACUUGCUUUCAAAAUACUUUCCCAGAUUUUGGAAUUUUUUUUUCCUGUACGUAAAUACUCCAUAAAGUAGAACGAUUAUGAAAAGCAACAUGGCAACAGAUGACUACUUCGCUAAAAUUUUCUUUGAAAAGAGAUGGGCGGCACCUAUGGUGCGUAGCCCACAGGAACAAAUGUAGCUUUACUAUUUCAUCCUUGGGUUGGUUCUGAGUUUUCUGCCUCUGCGUAGUCGUAUUACAGCAAUUUAAUUUACAGAUGAAGAAAUCAUAUUAUUCUAGUACGUAAGCUAAAUGAUUUUG